CGGCAAGACGCAUUUGCGCGGUACAAUUUAGAAAAAAGUUCGUACAUAUUUUUAAAAUUCGAAUUAGUUGAAUUCCAGAACAUAUCAGCCAGUCAUAAAUUAAAAAAGGUUUCCAACGGCUCCGGUUGCAUGGAUAUUGACGGAUGUGAGGACAGUAUGCAGUUGACGUCGUCAUGAAGAUGCAAUGACUUCGGGACCAGCUGUGUGGUGUUAUUGAAGUGCUAACCAUAGACACAGUGCUCAUGUUUUGUGAUAUUUCGGGAGUUUCUUGGAAUUCGUGAUCUAGUUUAUCUUCUAAUUCAUGAUGCUAGUGAAAGAGGUUGCCCUUGUGUGCUUCCUGGCCCUCGCUGUCGCAGCCGAGAAGAAAAUCGAGUUGCAAGAUAUUGAAGAUGACAAUUUGAAAAGUGAAAAAGAAAAAGAGCAAGAGCAGAAAUCCGAACCUCGGUCUCAAACUGUGAUUCCGGGCACUGGUCCUGGUUUAUUACCGCUAGAAUUCUUCAAAAAUGGACUUCUAAGAUAUUUUGAAAAUCCGAAUCCGGUUCCUCAGCAGCCCAGAUAUGUCCAGCAAUAUGCGGUUACUGAGCCACCAGAAAAACCUCCAACACAAAUAGCCUCCCCUAAAUCUCAGUACGGAGCACCUUCUACUCAGCAAGCGAUGGUUGGCUAUCUAUCCAAUGUCCCUAUGCAAAUAUAUCUAGUCCCACAGUAUUACAAUGAAAAUGGAGAGCAAGCAGCUAACAGCCAGCCGGGAGUUCAAUACGCUGCACCAGUAGUCAGUCGAAUUAACGCCUAUCCUACAGCGCCAGAAGCAAUACAGCCUCAACAGAAUUUCAUAGAGGUUCCAGCGUACGUUACCCCUACUGGAAAAACAUAUAUCCAGCAACCAGUUGCUUACGUCAGCUACGCUGCUCCGUCCACUGUAGCCCCCGUGCAGGCUACUGUCGCACCAUUGAUAUACCAAGUGCCGGUGGUCCAGUACCCAACAGCUAUAGCCGCACCUCCCGUUGCGCCCAAAGGUUAUUAUCAGAACCCCCAAUUCACCGAAACAAAUAAUGUUGAAGAAGUUCAAGAAAACGAAAUCGAAAAUCCAAAGGACUAUUCAAGUCAAACAGAUGUGUCUUAUUCUAAGCCAAGUCCUGAAUAUCCUCGAUAUUAUUCCUCUCACUCCCCUCUUAGAGAAGAUCCGCGGCACAAUGUCAUUUCUGAGCUUCCUCCACCCAAUCCAUUGCUUUUGAAAGGCCCGCCGUCACAUUUAUCUCACCUUCCUAAAGCACUGCCGAUGUUCCGUCCCUUAUCAAAGCCAGUGUACGCCGCCGGUGGCAACUUCAUAUCAUCUGCAUAUUCACCUAAACCCAGCGAAAGCUUUGGUAUUCCUUAUAAGCGAAGACCUAUGUCUCUGCUCGAUUCAUAUGUGCCUUCAGGGGUUCAGUUGGAAUAUAUGAAAAGGGGCUACGCCAAGGACCCUCUUGCAGCUUACGAAGCGCUGUCCAGCCACCGACACUACUCCCACUAUCCCGCGCCUCGACAUUACGAAAGAGGUUUCCUCCCGAACCAGAUGUACCAUACUGCUGCCGGAGGAAUCACUUUCGGACACUUGAAAAGGACACCGAAGUUAGAUAAAUCAUCACAAAAUUAACUUAUGAGUAUUACUUUGAAAAUAUGGUGCGAUUUGUGGCCGCACUGAACUGAAUUUGUCUGUAGAUAAUCAUGUACUUUUUACAAUGCAUCUGUAAUAUAACUAAACUAAGCGAUAUUUAAAACGUUCAAUUAGGUAGGAAUUAGUUUGGUAAGCGUAAAGAAAUAAGUUUAAAAAGUGUGACAAAAGAUGAUUGUAAACUUAUGCUUUGUAGAAUAAUAUCAUCAGUAGGCCUACCACAUGAUAACCGCGAGAGUAUGUCGCCGCGAGAUAGUUCACAUGUCUUCUUCUAACUGUAUUAAUGACAUAAGGACGGGUCUAUCUCGCGGCGACAUACUCUCGCAGCAAUCAUGUGCUAACCCUGCAGGUCAGUAUGGUGUGAACAAGCACUUGUGUUACGUAUGUUUUAAAUAAAUAUUUGUUAAAAUUGUA